UGACGUCAUAAGAUCCGCCAUAUUGCCCGAGCGAGGGUGUGCCAAAGUUUGGCCGGUUACGAGAAAAACAUCGGGCAUCAAGCUGCCCGUGGACUACUACAACACACAUGGGACAUUGAGACCACACUAGUUGCUGAGUCUGCAGGAAGAGAUAACGUGAAUCCACUGUAAGGACCGACGGACCGACCACUGUGUAGCCGGCGGGGGUUGUCACCUAGUAUGCAAGAUGGCGACCCUAUCGCUCAAGAUCAGCGUUGUGGGGAGCAACAUCGUCAAGACGAUGCAGUUCGAGCCGUCCACCAUUGUCUAUGAUGCAUGUAGAAUCAUCCGAGAAAGAAUCGCCGAAACCAUACAAGGAAACCACACUGACUUUGGACUUUUUCUGGCUGACGAGGACCCAAAGAAAGGAGUAUGGCUGGAGCAAGGUCGCAGCUUGGAGUACUACCUGCUGCGGAAUGGGGAUCUGCUGGAGUACAAGAAGAAGCAGCGUAUCCUGAAGGUGCGGACGCUGGACGGGGCUCUGAAGACCCUGCAGGUGGAUGACAGCCACACCGUGGGGCAGCUCAUGAUCACCAUCUGCACCAGGAUGGGUAUCACCAACCACGAGGAGUACUCCCUGGUGCGGGACCUGCCUGACGACGAGAAGGAGAAGACGCUGACGCUGAAGAGAGACAAGUCCAUCGCUAAGGACCAGAAGAAACUGGAGGAGAUGAAGAAGAAGCUCCACACCGAUGAUGAAAUGAACUGGCUAGACCACAGUAAGACACUGAGGGAGCAGGGCAUCGACCCAAACGAGAUACUGCUGCUGAGGAGGAAGUUCUUCUUCUCUGAUCAGAACGUUGACGCCCGUGACCCCGUCCAACUUAACCUCCUCUAUGUCCAGUCCCGUGACGCCCUGCUGAACGGCACCCACCCCGUGAGUCAGGAAGAAGCUAUACAGUUUGCAGGCUUGCAGUGUCAGAUACAGUUCGGGGACCACGUCGACUCCAAACACAGACCGGGCUUCCUCGACUUGAAAGAAUUCCUGCCAAAAGAAUACAUGAAAAUCAAAGGAGUUGAAAAGAAGAUUUACAUUGAACACAAGAAGUGGGCCAGCAUGUCGGAGAUUGAGUCAAAGGUCAAGUACACCCACUUGUGUCGCUCCCUCAAGACCUACGGCAUCACCUUCUUCCUUGUCAAGGAGAAGAUGAGGGGGAAGAACAAGCUGGUACCGAGGCUGCUUGGCAUCACCAAGGACAGCGUGGUGCGUGUGGACGAGAAGACCAAGGAGAUCAUGAAGACCUGGCCUCUGACCACCGUGAGGAGAUGGGCAGCCUCCCCCAACAGCUUCACCCUGGACUUCGGAGACUACUCAGACACGUACUACUCCGUGCAGACGACGGAGGGGGAGCAGAUCUCACAGCUCAUCGCUGGCUACAUCGACAUCAUCCUCAGGAAGAAAAAGGCAAAGGACCACCUCGGUCUGGAUGGAGAUGAAAACUCCAUGAUGAUGGAGGACAACGUACUGCCGGCCAAGGCGACCAUCAUCCAGCACCAGUCCUCCAACGUGUCCCACCCCCAGUCUGGGUCGGUGGCGAUCCCCGCGGUGCUGCGUGACGGGGGGCAGGGGGAGUCCAUGUUCGGGAUGGGCAGCAUGCAGCAGGUGCAGUCCACACACGUGACAAACCUCGCGCACGCUGGACACGCCGCCCCUCAUGGUCAGAACGCCCAGCAGCACGGCCUCAACCAGUCCCAGAAGGCCCUGUUGACCACCAUCGAGGAGGGACUGUCCUCCGUCAACAUGGCCAGGACAGACCUACAACAGAGGGCACAGGUCCCCAAGCUCGGAUCAGACGCGGCCUCCAAGAAGUGGCGUGAGAACCAGCUGGACCUCAACAGACAGAAGGUGGGCUCCCAGCUGUCAGCCAUGAACGCCGCCACGGCACAGCUCGUCACGCUCACCUCCGGCAAGGAGGACGAGAUCGACUACAACGCUGUCGGCUCAGCCGUCCAUCAAAUUUCGUCCAACCUGGGUCAGUUCAGCCGGGAUGUGAAGAUGGUGGCUGCCCUACAGGAAGAGAACAAUGACAAACUGCUGGACGCUGCACGACGCCUCGCCGGCGCCUUCUCCGACCUUCUCAACGCUGCAACGCCCGCCAAUGUGGAGCCGCGCCAGAACCUGCUAGCAGCUGCCAGCAAGAUCGGGGAGGCCAGCCAGGAGGUCAUGGAUGAGGUCGGCGAGACCACUGAGGACCUGGACAGAGUCUUCCAGGACACGCUCCUGUCACUGGCUAAGGCAGUGGCUAAUGCCACGGCGGCGCUGGUACUGAAGGCGAAGAACGUGGCCUCCAAGACGGAGGACCAGGGUCUGCAGAACAGGGUCAUCAGCUCCGCCACGCAGUGCGCCCUCGCCACGUCCCAGCUGGUGGCCUGCACCAAGGUUGUGGCGCCCACCAUCGGGAACCCGGCCUGCCAGGAACAGCUGAUCGAGGCCGCCAAGCUCGUCGCCAAGUCCGUGGAGGGCAUCGUGGAGGCAGCACAGUCGGCAUGUAAGGACGACCACCUGCUGCAGGAUCUGGGCGGCGCCGCCACGGCCGUCACCAAGGCCCUCAAUGACCUCCUGCAACAUAUCAAGAAGGCCGCUGUGCCUGUCAGGGCCAGUGAGCAGCAUGAGGAGGCGGUGGACCAGAUCAUCACCGUCACAGACAACCUGUUCAGCAGUGUGGGCGACGCCCACGAGAUGGUCAAGCAGGCCAGACACCUGGCCCAGGCCACGUCCCAGCUGGUCAGUGCCAUCAGGAACCAGGCUGAGACCAACACCGACUCCGACGUACAGAAGCGUCUCCUAGCAGCAGCCAAACAACUAGCUGACGCUACAGCCAAACUGGUGGAGGCGGCCAAGGGCUGUGCCUCCAAUCCCAAUGACUCCGACCAGCAGCAGAUUCUCCGGUCCGCGGCAGAGGAGUUGCGCUCCGCCACCAACGCCGCUGCCAGCAACCAGCUGAAGAGGAAGCUGAUCAACAGGCUGGAGAAUGCCGCCAACCAUGCUGCUGCUGCCGCCACCCAGCUCAUCAACUCCUCCUCCCUCGCCAACAAGACGAACCGUAACGCCACCACGGAGGCCCAGCUCCGACAGCAGUGUGAGGCUGUGAAUGAGGAGAUACCUCCCCUGGUACACGCUAUCCGAGCCUCCCAGCGCAGUCAGGACAGCGCCACCGCACAGCUGUCUCUCAUCAACGCCAGCCAGGACUUCAUACAGCCGGCCAGCAGGAUGGUAGCUGCUGCCAACGCCGCCGCUCCAACAGUGACGGACCAGGCUGCAGUCCUCAACCUCCACAACAGCGUCAAGGCCAUGACAUCAGCACUCGCAGAACUCAGGACAGCCUCAUCGAAGGCCCAGGAGGCGUGUGGCACACUGGAGGUGGAGUCCGCCCUGGACCAGGUGCAUGGACUCAACUACCAGCUGGACGAGAUCAAGAAGGCAACAAACGAAGGACGCCUCGUCCCCCUGCCUGGAGAGACGGCUCAGUCAGCUGCUCUCCAGCUGGGAACUACGUCCAAGACGGUCGGCUCCUCCAUGGCACAGCUGCUCACAGCUGCAGCUCAGGGUAAUGAAGACUAUGUUGGUAUCGCUGCUCGGGAUACGGCCAACGCACUGCGGGUGUUGACGUCAGCAGUGCGCGGUGUUGCUGCAACCACCACGGACAGGCAGGUCCAGCACGCCAUCAUCGAGUGUGCCCAGGACAUCAUGGACAAGUCUGUCAUCCUUCUGGAGGAGGCCAAGCGGGUGAUGCGGGACCCCAGCAACCCCGAGAACAUACAGAGGCUCAACCAGGUAUCCAAGAGUGUGUCGAACGCCCUCAACAACUGUGUGAACUGCCUGCCAGGUCAGAGAGACGUGGACGCCGCCCUCAGACACAUCACCGCCUCCAGCCAGACUCUCUCCUCCCCUCGGUUCCCCGGGACGGGCAAGUCGUACCAAGAUGUUCAGGUCGACAUGAACAACGCAGCAGUGGGCUUGAACCAGGCGGCCAGCAACAUCGUGACGUCAUCCCGCGGCACCCCCCAGCAGCUGGCGAUGUCCUCCUCCCAGUACGGACACUCCUACCAGGAGUUCGUGGACACCGGACUCACCAUGGCCGGACUCUCCAAGGACGUGGAGACACAGAACCAGAUCGUGGGUGGCCUCAAGAGCGUGUCCAUGGUGUCCAGUAAGCUACUGCUGGCAGCCAAGUCCGUCUCGGCCGACCCUAAUGCCCCCAACGCCAAGAACCUCCUGGCCCAGGCUGCAAGGGCGGUGACGGAGAGCAUCAACCACCUCAUCAACAUCUGCACCGUGUCCGCCCCCGGACAGAAGGAGUGCGACAACGCCCUGCGCCAGAUAGAGAUGAUGCACAAUCUCCUUGACAACGCCAACGAGCCAAUCAGUGAUGCCCCGUAUUUCGAGUGCCUUGAUGGAGUUAUGGACAAAUCAAAGAGUCUGGGAGAAGCCAUGACAGGAAUCUCCCAGCAUGCCAAGAGAGGAGACAUUGAUGAGUUCUGUGACUCUGUGAGGAAUUUCGCCAACUCCGUGUGUGGACUGACAGAAGCCUCUGGGCAGGCUGCCUACCUGGUAGGUAUCGCUGACCCUGCCUCGGAACCCGGCCGGCCCGGCGUUGUGGAUCAGUCCCAGUUCUCCCGGGCCAACCAGGCCAUUCAGAUGGCCUGCCAGAACCUCACCAACCCUGCCAGCUCACAACAGCAGGUGAAUGUUCAAGCGCAGGCUGUUGUGCGCCUCCCAUCCCGAGAGCAGGUGCUGUCUGCCGCCACGGUCGUCGCCAAGCACACGUCCGCGCUGUGUAACGCCUGCAGACUGGCCUCCUCCAAGACGACCAACCCUGUUGCCAAGAGACAUUUUGUACAGAGUGCCAAGGACGUGGCUAACAGCACUGCCAUGCUAGUCAAGGCCAUCAAGGCCCUGGACAGUGACUUCACAGACCACAACCGGCAGCAGUGUGCAGAAGCAUCUCGGCCUCUCAUCAAUGCAGUGGAGGAACUCACCACCUUCGCCUCAUCACCGGAGUUCGCCAGUAAACCCGCCAAGAUCAGCCACCAGGCACGGCGUGCCCAGGAGCCCAUCACGAUGUCGGGCAAGGCGAUGAUCGAUGGGGCGUGUCAUAUGCUGCAGGCCGCCAAGCAGCUGGCCAUCAACCCCCGCGACCCCCCCACAUAUCAGCUGUACUCCAACCACUCCAAGAGCGUGUCCGACGCCAUCAAGAGACUCGUAUCAGCCAUCAAGGACACUGCCCCAGGUCAGAAGGAAUGUGACACUGCCAUCGACAAGCUGAACCACACAAUCCGCGACCUGGACCAGGCCUCCCUGGCGGCCAUCAGCCAGAACCUGGGCCAGCGCAAUGACAAGACUCUCAAGUCCUUCCAGGAGCAGAUGAUCAACAGCGGCCGCGAGAUCCUGGACACCAUCGAGGCCAUCCAGCGGGCAGCCAAGUGCAAGCCAGAGAACCUGGGACACCUGAUCAACACCAUGUCCUCCUACUUCGAGCCUCUCUCUGACGGGGCUAUCGGGACAGCCUCCAAGAACCUCAACUCCAAGCAACAGAUGAACGUCCUCGACCUGUCCAAGACAGUUGCGGAGUCAGCUCUUCAGUUCCUCUACGCUUGUAAGGAGAGCGGUGGAAACCCCAAGGCGAUGCAGGCUCACGGCAACGUGGACGGAGCGGCGGAGGACAUGAAGGACGUCCUCCAGGACCUGCUGCAGACCAUCGAGGAGGCCGCCUCCCAGUCUGGCGCCGUCAGCAGCAUGAUCGACAGCAUCAGCAAGUCCAUGGCACGGACUGACGAGAUUAUCGCCACGGAGGGAACAUCGUUUGUGGACUACCAGACCAACAUGGUGCGCCUGAGUAAACAGAUUGCCCGGUCAGCACAGGACAUGAUCGGCAAGUCCACCACCAACGUGCAGGACCUGGGGCAGCUGGCCAACCUGUUGACCCGGGACUACAGCCAACUCUCCAACAACUCCCGCGGAGCCGCCGCCGCCACCAACAACCUCGAAAUCGGCAACCGGAUCCGGACGGCGGUGCAGGACCUGGGCCGGAGCUGUGUGGAGGUGGUGCAGGAUGCUGGCAACCUCCAGGCCAACCCCACCGACUCCUACGCCAGGAAGGACCUGUCAGAACACGCCAAGAGCAUCUCAGAGAAGGUCUCCUUCGUCCUGGCAUCCCUCCAGGCCGGGUCUCGUGGCACACAGGCCUGCAUCAACGCAGCGAGCACCGUCAGCGGCAUCAUCGGCGACUUGGACACCACCAUCAUGUUUGCGACAGCCGGAACCCUCAAUGCUGAUGGCUCUGAAUCCUUUGCUGAUCACAGGGAGAGCAUCCUGAAGACAGCCAAGGCCCUGGUUGAGGAUACUAAGACUCUGGUUGCCGGGGCAGCAUCCAAUCAGGAACAGCUUGCGGCAGCUGCUCAGACAGCUGUGAAGACCAUCACGAGACUCGCUGAUGUGGUUAAGCUGGGGGCAGGAUCGCUGGGGUCUGAACAGCCAGAAGCACAGGUCCUCCUGAUCAACGCCGUCAAGGAUGUCGCCUCCGCUCUGUCCGACCUCAUCAGCGCGACCAAGAACGCCUCGGGGAAGAGUGUCAACGACCCCGCCAUGCUACACCUGAAAGACUCGGCUAAGGUGAUGGUGACAAACGUGACGUCGCUGCUGAAGACAGUGAAGACCGUCGAGGACGAGGCUGUGAGAGGCACGCGGGCCCUAGAGUCGACUGUCGAGGCCAUCGGACAGGAAAUCAGGGCCUACGACACAGCCGACAUCUUCAAGAAGGCCAACGCCGAGGAUCUCAUCCGCUUCACCAAACCCAUCACCAACGCCACCGCCAAGGCUGUUGCUGCAGGCAACUCUUGUCGACAGGAGGACAUCAUUGCAGCUUCCAACAUGGGCAGGAAAGCCAUCUCCGAUCUGCUGAGUAUCUGUAGGGGAGCUGCAGCCACAGCGGAGACGACUGAGAUUCGUCAGCGGGCCAUCAACGCCGGCCGAAUGUGUGGUGUGUCGUACCGGGAACUUCUGGAGAGUGUACACCAGGCUGUGAUCCGACCAACGCCAGAGGCGAAGCAGCAGUUGAUGCUGAUCUCACGUAAAGUAGCCAACGCCGUCACAGAGCUGGUCCAGUCUGCCGAGGCCAUCAAAGGCCAGUUUCUACCAUCGCUUCUGGACUCAGUAGAGAUCCGCUGGUCUUAUAACGUGCCAGGCACGGACUGGGUGGACCCCGAUGACCCGACAGUCAUCGCGGAGAACGAGCUCCUCAGCGCAGCCAACUCCAUCGAGGCAGCGGCCAAGAAACUGGCCCAGCUGCGACCUCGACCUUCCGCCAAGCAAGCAGAUGAGAAUCUCAACUUUGAGCAACAGAUUCUUACUGCAGCCCAAGCCAUCGCCGCGGCAACAGCAGCCUUAGUUAAAUCUGCAUCUGCUGCUCAAAGGGAGCUGGUAGCACAGGGCAAGGUGGGAUCAACCUUCCAUCGCCAUGCUAUGGACGAGGAUGGACAGUGGUCCGAGGGCCUCAUUUCCGCGGCUCGGAUGGUUGCAGCCGCCACUCACAGUCUGUGUGAGGCGGCCAAUGCCAUGGUUCAAGGUCACGCCAGCGAGGAGAAGCUGAUCGCGUCGGCCAAGGAGGUCGCAGGGUCAACAGCCCAGCUGCUCAUGGCCUGCAAGGUGAAGGCCGACCCAGGCUCGGUGGCCAUGCAGAGGCUGCAGUCUGCCGGCAAUGCUGUGAAGAAGGCCACAGAGGCACUGGUGCGGGCAGCUCAGCAGGCCAAGGACUUCGUCGAUGAGGGCACCAGCCUCACCGUCAACAAGAGGAUGGUUGGCGGCAUUGCACAGGAAAUCAUGGCCCAGGAGGAGAUCCUGCGGAAGGAGCGUGAGCUGACAGAGGCCCGCAGGAAGCUCGAGAUCAUCAGGAAGGAGAGAUACAAGGACCGACCUCCAGAGGAAUACGACUCCUCCUCCUCCUUCUAGACUAGCACCGAGUAGCACAGGCGGACUGACUGGAGCGAGUCCACGACAACAUAGGGGGGACAGUGUGCAGCAUGCAGGGCAGACAACCCAUGCCCACAGAUGCUGGGAUCUCUGGAUUGAUAAGACUCUUCAUCUCUGGCAGUUGUCUUCUGUCUACACACAGACUGAGUCAGGCUUGCUUUGUUAGUGUAGGCUACAAAUGGCAGGUGUGUCGUGCAAGCAUAGCGUGAUGUGAGUGACCAAGGGGCAUUGUUGACUGUGUGGCUGUGUGCUCAGCUUCUAGACGCUUGCUUUAGACAGUGGACAGAUGACACUUGGAUGUAGUAACACAGGUCUCCACUUCAACCAAGGACUGACAGAUGAGGUCGACAGUGACUGCAUGUCUACCACAAGGCUGUCCUCGUGUAGUGUAGAUGAUCACUGUUUUGAUACCAAAGGACAUAUACUAUCUCAAUAUAACUGAAAGCAAUUUGUUUCUACCAACUAUCAAAUACAUUGUCUGAUAUGCUUUUCCUCAAUAGAAAACAAAAUACUGUAUGUCCAUUCUUAAAAAAUUGAACUUGAUACUGUUGGUGAUUGUUGAUGAUGAAGGUUCUCCCCGUCCUGGGCCCAGCCUGUAUAGGUUCUUGCAUGUAACGCUCGAUCUGUCCGCCUCACUGCCGCCCAGCAACAGGGAGGUCUUGAAGCAAGGAACAAAUGUGGGACAAUUUUCACCAUGCAUUAUCUGAAGAUUGUCUCAAAGCCUUAUUGAAGGUUGGGUUGGAUUGUGGCUGCUUAGUGCUGGCUUGGUGAUGUAGUGUGAUAGUGUAGACUGUAUAUUUACAUGCCGCUGCGAUGGCGGCGGGGGAGCUUGGACCGUAUCUUGUAGUCAACUUUGCUUUGUUUUGUUGAUAUAUUUCACCAAGGUGCUAAACUAAACCACAUCGGUUUAUUCUGCCUGUCGAGUUGUCUCCCUUAGAUGACGUGUACAUAGACUGCAGCCAUAGUGCUUUAAGUUACCAACUCAUCCUCUCCGCAGACACACACGUCUGUGGAUUUGGGGGCCAACAUUGUCAGUUUCCCGAUCAGUGUUGCAUGCACGUGUUGGAUAGACUGACGUUUCAUUGAGUGAAAUUAUAUUCUCAGUAAGAUUAGUGUAAUGUAAUGUGAUUAGAUAAGUUGCUGCUGUCCCUAUGUCAGUGUUGGAACUGAUGUGAUUCUCAACCUAACUGCAAGUCUUAAGGGAGGUUCUGACUAUGGUUGACUCUCAAGUCAAGCCAAACUUGCUAGGACCAGUCCAGUUUCUUUCUUUUGUAUAAACAAUGUAAAACAAUAGGGAAAAUAUGUUACAUUUAAAAUAUGCCUUUUUUGACUUUCUUAUCAAGACUUUUUUAUAUGUUAAAUAACUAAAUGUCCAACAAAGGUGACAGAUGCCUCUUGUGUCAUGGAAAAUUGAACAAGAAAACAAUUUUCCUGACUUUUCAUAGGAUUUAUGUAUUAAAUGCGACCAAAAUUGACAAAAGCGGCCAUUUAGAGCAGAGUUGAUAAGACUAGAGGGAUGGCUUGUUUCUUAAUACUGUCCUGCUAGUGGUAUAACAUCCCAUAUCAACACGCAGGUGGUGAAUACUGUGACAAUAUUCCACAUGAGUCUGCCGUCAGUGGAUUACGAUAGCCUUAGCGGAGCUGGUCCACUGUGUACCUAGUGGUAUAACAUCCCAUAUCAACACGCAGGUGGUGAAUACUGUGACAAUAUUCCACAUGAGUCUGCCAUCAGUGGAUUACGAUAGCCUUAGCGGAGCUGGUCCACUGUGUACCUUGUGGUAUAACGUCCCAUAUCAACACGCAGGUGGUGAAUACUGUGACAAUAUUCCACAUGAGUCUGCCGUCAGUGGAUUACGAUAGCCUUAGCGGAGCUGGUCCACUGUGUACCUAGUGGUAUAACAUCCCAUAUCAACACGCAGGUGGUGAAUACUGUGACAAUAUUCCACAUGAGUCUGCCAUCAGUGGAUUACGAUAGCCUUAGCGGAGCUGGUCCACUGUGUACCUAGUGGUAUUACAUCCCAUAUCAACACGCAGGUGGUGAAUACUGUGACAAUAUUCCACAUGAGUCUGCCAUCAGUGGAUUACGAUAGCCUUAGCGGAGCUGGUCCACUGUGUACCUAGUGGUAUUACAUCCCAUAUCAACACGCAGGUGGUGAAUACUGUGACAAUAUUCCACAUGAGUCUGCCAUCAGUGGAUUACGAUAGCCUUAGCGGAGCUGGUCCACUGUGUACCUUGUGGUAUAACGUCCCAUAUCAACACACAGGUGGUGAAUACUGUGACUAUAUUUCACAUGAGUCUGCCAUCAGUGGAUUACGAUAGCCUUAGUGGAGCUGGUCCACUGUGUACCUAGUGGUAUAACGUCCCAUAUCACCAUACAGGUGGUGAAUACUGUGACAAUAUUCCACAUGAGUCUGCCAUCAGUGGAUUACGAUAGCCUUAGCGGAGCUGGUCCACUGUGUACCUUGUGGUAUAACGUCCAGAUCAACACACGUGGUGAAUACUGUGACAAUAUUCCACAUGAGUCUGCCAUCAGUGGUCCACUAUGUAGCUUGUGAUAUUUAUUUGACAAGUAAAUGUAAACCCUGGUAGAGGUUGAGAGUGUGCUUUGGUUUUGCUUCCUAUUUACAGUACUUCCUUGAUACCCCCUGUAGGAUGUGACAUAACCCGAACACAGUAUAGGGGCCACGUUAGUGUACAUCUCAGUCCACCAUAGCGGACAUGUAAUCACUUUGUCAAAAGCAUAAUACAUAGAUCUGAUCAGCUAAUCCACAUUGCUGUCUUCCAUUUAACACAUCCUGGAUGUCAUCCUGUGUAACUGGGGUAGUGCAUGGUAGGAAAACUAUUCCCCCUCUAUGGGUUUCUUUUUUCUAGCUUUCUAUGCCGUUUUAUUUAUAAAAUAUUCUUUUCACAAUUUCGAGAUAUUUUAUGAAUUUUUGUUUCACAAUAUGGUAUGGUGACAAAUGAUGUUGAAAAAAUAUUAUUUAGAAUAAUUUACAGAUACUAAAGUGUAUGUAGUCAGUUUGUAAAGGGAGGUAACUGUUGCAUGACAAGGGGAGAUAACCCUGGUUUUAUCAGCUACAUGCAUAUUAUACAUAUCCCAGUAUUUCCCCUGUAGGGGUAUUGUAUAUUACUUUAUUCUGUUCUAUUUGUGUUAUUGUGUACACCUCUAUACAGACCUCCCACAUCAUGUCUCAGCCUCCACCUUCACUGGAGUAGCAGGCUAGAUACACGCCCACCGUUACAUGGAGCAGGAUAAUAGCAGCAAAUACUUUCCAAACAAAUAUUGCCAAUAUUAUCAGAGAUAAAAAAUGUGUUUCUUAAAUUUCAGACUUUGAGAAAACUUUUUUCAUUGAGUCGUCUUUCCGAAAUUUAUGAUAAUUCAUUACAUUCAAAGUUUGCUUAUAACACUGAAAAUAUUAGAAGUCCAUUGAUGUGUCUUACCCCCUUGCCACACAGGGUUGGGUAAUUGCUGCUACAGCCUUGUUGUAGCCUGUAGUUCUGUCACCCCAGUGAAGGUGUUAGUGAGAUACGAGUGUUAUGAUACAGCUUAUAGCAUUAUUGUGUAUAUUUCCCUGUAUGUUUGUAUAUGCCUUUAUAUACAUACACUGCACAGGCGCAGUUAUCAUAAACAUGUUUAUGGCGAAUGUAUAUUUCAUAAUUCAUAAUAAUAAAUGUCAUAUCAUCUA